AAAUGGAGGUGUCUAAUAAUAAAAUAACAUCUCCAUUAUUUAGUUUCUUGUUUAUUUCAUCUAUCUUUAUUCAAUGUUUUCCUCAUGUUUCUUCAAUAGGUGUUAACUAUGGCACCCUUGGCAACAACCUACCCCCACCAUCACAAGUUGCUCAAUUCCUCAAAGACAAAACCAUUAUUGACAAAAUCAAAAUUUUCGAUGUGAAUCCAGAUAUCUUACAUGCCUUUGCCAACACCGGAAUCUCAGUUACAGUCACCAUCCCAAAUAGUGAAAUUCCCAAAUUGCUUGACAUUGGUUAUGCUAAGAGUUAUGUAGAAGCAAACAUCAAGCCAUUUUAUCCACAAACAAAAAUUGAUGUCAUUGCUGUUGGAAAUGAAAUCCUUCAUUGGGAAACACCAGAAGUACAAAACAAGUUAGUUGGUGCAAUGCGUACACUUUAUCAAGCACUAACACAAUCUGGUAUUAACACUAUUAAAGUGUCAACACCACAUUCUCUAGGUAUUUUACUAAGUUCAAAUCCACCAAGUCUAGCUAAAUUUAGACCAGGUUGGGAUGUUACUAUUUUAGCACCAAUGUUACAAUUUUUACGCGAAACGAAAGGUCCUUUCAUGGUGAACCCUUAUCCAUACUUUGGUUACAACCCUCAACAAGUUGAUUUCCUAUUGUUCAAACAAAACAAUGGCUUUUACGACAAGUUCUCUAGAAGGACAUACACAAACAUGUUUGAUAUGUUGUUGGAUGCUGUUUUUAUGUCAAUGAAAAGACUUGGUUAUGAUGAUGUUGAUAUUAUUGCUGCUGAAACAGGAUGGCCUUCAUUAGGUGAAAGUUUUGAACCACAAUGUACUGUUGAAAAUGCAGCAUCAUAUAAUGGUGGAUUAGUUAGGAAAAUUGUUACUGGAAAAGGGACACCUUUGAUGCCACAUAGGAAAAUUGAGACAUAUUUAUUUGGUUUGUUUAAUGAGAAUACUAAACCAGGUUCUAAUGCUGAGAGGAAUUUUGGAUUGUUUAGACCUGAUUUUACUCCAGUUUAUAAUAUUGGAAUCAUGAAAGGACAACAACUGUUGCCAAUGCCACUGCCAUCAAAGCCUCUUCCACAACCAGCAUUGCCACAGCCACAACCACAACCAAAAGGCCCAAGUGGUGGAGCAAAGCGAGGCCCAAUAGUCCCAGCCCAACCAGGCCCAAAGCCUGUAGGCCCAAUGGGCAAAAAAUUUUGCAUGCCCAAACCACAGGCUACAGAUGCACAAUUGCAGGCCAGUUUAGAUUGGGCUUGCACUAAUCAAGGUGUAGAUUGUGGCCCAGUUAAAGCUGGAGGCCCAUGUUUUAACCCAAAUACUGUUAGGUCUCAUGCAGCCUAUGUUAUGAAUUCUUAUUAUCAAAUCAAGGGUAGAAAUGACUUUAACUGUGAUUUUUCUGGCUCCGCUACCAUCGUCUUUGCUGAUCCAAGUUAUGGUACAUGCAAGUACCUAUCUUGAGUUUUAUGGACCAAAAAAAGGAAGAUUUUGAAGCUACUCACAACAUUUGAAGGAUUAGUUUUGACAUAUUGAAAAUUUGUUUUCAAAAUAUGUUCUUUGAUUAUAUUUUUUACAAAUUAAUCCAAUUGUGUAGUAUGUAUUUAUUGCAAAUAAAACAAUAAAAAAAAAUGUUGCCUA